UCCUCGGAAUCGCGAGCAACAUAGUAUUCGGCAUGAUUCUGAUAAUGACUAUUCACCACCAUGCAAUUACAAAAAUGAUGAUCAGAAACGAAAAAGGCAUGAUUCAGAUAGUGAUCUUUCUCUUUUGAGAAGGGAAAAUUAUAGCAUGAUUGAUUACAGUGCAGAAAAAGGUUCCGAUAGAUCGGGCGAUAGAAAAAAGUUUUCACCUUUAAGAAGUAAUGUGUCUCAUGGUAAAAAUAAUGCACAUAGAAAGAAAAGGCAUGAUUCUGAUAGUGAUUUUUCACCUGAAAGAAUUAAAAGCAGAUCAUCACCUGUUCAGGAGCAAAAGUUGAAGAAAACUUCUAUGAAUAGGAGGGAAUCUGACAGUGAUUUUUCUCGUCCCAGACCAUUUAGAAGUCAAGGGAAAUCACCUUCAGAUGAAAAAAACCGACCAGUGAAAACAUUGUCAGGUCUUAAGGCUGGUCUUCAAAAUGCAGCAAUUUUAAAACAAGAAACACAAGAACUACGAGAAAGAGAGAGAAAGCAAAUUAAUAAGCUGCAUGAUGAUAUAUCUGGUCGAAAUGCUGAGACGAUCAUUAGAGAUCGAAAAACUGGGAAAAAGCGUGAUAUUGAAGCUGAAAAUCGCAUCAAAGAAGAAGAAGAAAGCAAAAAGGCUGAACAACAGGAAAAGUAUUCAAAGUGGGGCAAAGGAAUUGAGCAAGAAGAAAUUCGAAAAAACAAAUUAUCAGAAGAUUUAUAUGAGAUAAGCAAGCCUCUUGCAAGAUACCAGAAUGAUGAAGAUUUAGAAGAAAUGUUAAAAUCUGUGAUAUAUGAUGAUGACCCAAUGUCAGCAUAUAUGAAGAAAAAAAAACAAAAGACUGCUGGUCCAAGUAUGCCUGUUUAUAGUGGUCCUCCCCCACCUCCAAAUCGCUUUGGCAUUCAACCUGGAUAUAGGUGGGAUGGUGUGGACCGAUCAAAUGGCUUUGAAAAGAAGUAUUUUGAAAAGCACAAUUCUACAAAAGCUAUUCAAGAAGAAGCAUAUUUAUGGAGUGUCCAAAAUAUGUAAUGUUAAAAUGUAAAUUAUUGUAUAUUUUGUAAUAUAUUCAGAUGAUAUGUAAUUAUAUUUUAAUAGACAUGUGUGUUCAGGCAUAAAACAAUCCAAUAAUAUUCAAGUUUUUCAAGAAAUUCAUUUAUUUCUGUUUUUCUAUCAUAUGCAUUGCAACUGGCUUAUCACAGUUUCACCAUAAAUUUUAGCUUUUUGUGAGGAAAUGUGAAAUGAGUAUAAUUUGGGUUUAUAGCAGAUGCCAGAUAUUUGUGCGAUAGCCAACUUAGAUGAUCAUGCAAACACUCAGACAAGUGAAUAAUGAUCACUUUCAUCCAGCAGAAUUACAUAAAACACAUAGAUCAAAGUUUACAUAAAUGUAUAAAGAAGCAAACUUGCUUGGGCUAGAAUAAUAAUGUCACAACUUAAAGCAGUACAUUUUCUCUGUCGGUUUUGUAGAGGAAUGUUGUAUCGUAAGUGUUUAUUUACAUUAUUUUGUUUACCUACUUUCAAUCACUACGGCUUUAUCUUGUAGAAAAUCAGUAUUUUGUUUUCAGAUAUCGGGAGUUCCUAUAUCGGACAUCACACCAGCUUUCUAAUUUGUAUUGACAUCUGCUGUGUUGUCAGUUAAAGGAACUGUGAAUUCCAGGUUAAAUUUCUACGAAUUUAGUGGUCUUAAAGGAAACUUCCCUCCUGAGAAAGUUACUCUAACUAUUACAUCAAACUCAUUAUACUUGUCAUGUCCAUGAAGGGAGAGAGGAAAUAUAAUUUUGGUUUGCAGUUAUUUGCUACCACAUUACCUAUCCUUUUUUUCACCUAUCCUUUUUUCAAACUAUUUCUAUCAAUUACAUUUUCCAUCAAUAACCACAACCUAGAGUACAGCACAUUAGAAACAAAUCUUUUCUCUCAUAGAAGAUAUAGUAUGCCUGUAAAUUGCUACACAGUGAUCUGCAAUCCUCCUGACAGCAAUCUAAAUUAUGGGAAAGAGGUACAUAAUAUGUGUUCCAGCUUAGGAUCAUCAAAAAACUUUAUGCCUUAAUACUUACUAUAGUUACACAGUCUCUUUUUACUAUUCACAAAGACUUUGUAUAUCCAUUCCACAAAUAAGUUUUGUAUUCCACAUCUAUUGUAUUAACAUUCCUUUAGACAUCUGUUUUACACUGUCACAGAAAGAAAGCUCUCUAAAGAACAUUUAUGGCAGAGUAAUAAGGAAUAAAAUUCGAUAAACUGUAUCACCUUAUAGAAAUUUGAUGUAGACACCACAUUACUUUCUUGUAUGGAAUAUUAUAUUAUAUGCAUUUUUUGUUGCAUUUCAUUUAAACGUUUUUCCUCGAAUUUCAUUAGAUUUCUUGUUCAAUUAAUUCAUUUCCCAAUUUGCAGCAAGGUAAAAAUACAUAAAACCUCAAAAUAUCUUCAUUAAAAAUUGAAAAAUAUAGAAAACACCAAAUACAGUUAAAACAGUUUUUAAAAUUAGAAUUUCAACACAAAAACAAGCUAUAACCCAUUCAGGACAAGCGUCACGAAUACGGAAUGCAACGAUUCCACUCUUAUCAGCCCAGCGUCGCAUAUACACAAAAAGCCCCUGUCAAUCUCUACAGCUCAGCAUCGCAUAUAUGUAGCUUGAAAACGGAACAAUUUAUUCCAGUUUUUAAAUGCCAGUAGAUAGUGCUAAAUGGUAAGGAUUUUCACAUCGAUUAAGUUGUGGCUUUUGGCUUUCAUGUAUGAGCAUCAGUUUCUGUUCUGUGCUUGUGGUUUUGAUAGAAUUAUUGGUGUAAAGAAACUGGGAAUCAGGGUUCUUUAAGUUAAAGGGAUACCAGCCUGUUUGUUUAUUUCGUAAAGAUUUUUUUUGGGGGGGUCUACUUUUUUACUCUUUGUGUUUUUAGUUAUUAGUUAUUGCAGCUCAAUGCUUUCUUUUUCCUUUUAUUUAUUUAUUUAUUAUUUUUGUUAGGAGAAUGUGGGAAAACAUGCAUUUAGAUGACUAUAGCUAGCAUAACGUCGCCAAACUUCUGUGAUGGACAAACUCAAACCAGUUUUCCUUUUUUAUAUUAUAUUAAAACUUAAUAUAGACUUUCUUGGUUAAUUAAAAAGUAACUUUACAGCAUUAUUACAAAAGGGGAAUUUUCCAAUGUGUGAUGCAUCUUGCUUGCUCGGCGAAAAAAAGCCGCCACUGUCCUGUGUAUCAAUUCUCGUUUUGAAUUAUUCCAUACACAGCAGAAUUAUUAAAUUAGAAUUUAAUCACCUACAGAUAAUUACUGCAUACUUUUCUUUUACAUUUUGUAUUUGUAGUUUUGUUUUACAGUUUACAUUAAAACAUACCAAUAUCAACUAUUUCAAUUAUAAGCAUCUAACUUAAUAAGAACAUCAAAGAUAAUUGUGAAGAAAGAAAAAGCAGUUGUAGCCAAUAAGCAAAUUAAUUAUACAAUCUAUCCAAUUCCAUUCAGUUAACACAAAACAAAUUCAAAAGAAGCAAAACUUAAGGUAAAUAUAGCUGUUAUAUUGUUUACUACCUUAGGAAUAUGAAUAAAUACUGUGGCGUAAUCUACAUCUUAAACUUUUCUUUCUAAAACAUAAUGUGCAAUUUAAGCUUAAUUUGAUGGAAACUGAGCUCAAUGACUGUAUAUCAUAGCAAUAUUUACUUACAUGGAAACAAUUACCUAAUAUCAUCUAUGCAGAAAACAUGAAGUAUAGCUUCACCUGCCUAUCACAUAUUAUAUUUCUAUAAUUAGAUUCACAGUUGAACCAAAAUAAUAUUAAAUUCAACUUAGCCUUUCAAAAUUUCUUUUCCCCAGUAACUUGAGAACUCUACUGUCUUCCUCAUGUAACAUGGUAACAUAAUAAAUAUUUACAUCAUUAUAGCAAAGAACAACUUUACAAAGUUACAAAGUUCCACUGUUCAAGUCCUGUAAUUACUGUGUCGAGAAUACCGACUAACUUGUCAAUCGAAUUUUUUUUUGUUUUCAGUAACCUCUCUGUCACUUUCUUCACUAUCGGGAGCACGAGGGUAAACGCUUUUACGCGCAUGCGUAAGUUUGUGGCUUUGAGCUCCAGAUUAUAGAUCAUUCCGGAUAAUGGACAUCUGGAUUACAGACUUUGUACUGUAUUUAAGUUUUUCGUUUAACAGUAAUUCCAAUUAAAGUGAGAGGAAGAUAAUAUGAAAAGCUCAAAAGAAAGUCAUUAUCAUUAAGUUAGGGAAUUUAUAAAUGAGGUUUUUCAAAUUUAUUUACAUUGUAGGUCUAUAUAUCAUAUAUAUUUGACAUAAAUACAGGAUUUAUUUCUUGUUUUGCACAAAUUUGCUGCAUAUAUGAAAAAAUAACAAUGUAGCUACAUGGUGUAUUUUAAAACUAUAAAUUGUUUAAUCUGUUGCUUAUUUCUAGAAAAAAAUCAUGAAUGAUUAUGAGGAAAUGUUCUAUUGAUUACAAGUUGAAUCUUAGAAAAUAAUCAACACAAAAUGAAUAAGAUUGUAUUUAUUUGUUAUGAAUAUGCACACAAAUGAAACUGAUGAAAACAAAUUUUAAUUCUAAGAGUAUACAAGUAUUGACAAGUAAAUGACAAGCAUUGCCAGUUGUCAAGAUAUUGAUUGAUAUUGGAAGGUUAAAGGAGAGGACUCUGUAGAACUCAAUACUUGCAACUGUAACAAAUAUUUAUAAAAAAUUCUACUUCCAAGAUUACAGUUAACUGCCAGCUAUCCUUUAUUAAAAUGGUUUAUGGUCAAAAUUGUGUAUGCAGAAUUCAUAUUAGGAUCUGUGCUAUUUUUGGUUGCAAAAGGUUUUGUAUGAAUUUCAUGCUCUGUUUAAAUAAGUUUUACCCAUUUUAGGAACUUUUUAAUUGACAGUUUUUUAGAAAUGUUUUCAAGUAUAUGCAUUGUGCUUUUUGACAAAAAAAAAAAAAAAAAAAAAAAAAAA